AUGGCUAAUUUGACCCAUACUCUUCUCUCCCGCCCAUUGCGCCUAUCAAUCUCUCAAAAUUCUGCAAAACUUCGCAGAAUAUCAACUCUCCCACAAAACUCACCUUUGGAACAAAAAAUCACUUACAGCCUAAAAGAAUUUCUUCUCGAGUACGAGAAACGUUCAAAAGUAAAUCAGGAAAAUAUGGAGAAGUCUUUAAAAGAAAAUCAGGAAAGUAUGAAGGAGAAUAUAAAGAACAUUGUUGAACAACGAGUUUCAAGUGCUGAAAAUAAAUUCCUAUACCUCAUGAUUAUAGUCAUGACCGCAGGCUUGACAAAAGUGUGGUACGAUCAAUAUCAACAUACGAAGUGA